AUGGAAGAUGCAAAAUCAAUUGACACUCCAAUGUACAAAAAUGGAAACUUGGAAAUAAAUGAAAAUGGUAAGGAUGUUAAUGUCAAGAAGUAUAGAGGUAUGAUUGGUUCUCUUCCAUAUCUUACUGCAUCUAGGUCGGACAUUAUGUUUAGCGUGUGUAUGUGUGCUCAUUAUCAAUCGGCUUCUAAGGGAUUUGAUUUAAAAGCCGUAAAACGCAUUCUUAGGUAUCUUCAUGGUACAUAUAAGUAUGGGGUUUGGUAUUCUAAGGGAAGUGAUUGUAAUUUGGUUGGUUAUACUGAUUAUGAUUUUUCUGGUUGCAAUUCGGAUAGGAAGAGUACUAGUGGAACUUUCCAAAUGUUUUCAAACUUCUUAGUAAGUUGGCAUAGCAAGAAACAUGUUUCUAUUGCUUUGUCAACUGCCAAGGAGGAAUACAUAGUAGCCGGUAGUCGUUAUGCUCAAAUUAUGCGGCUAAAAUAA